AUGAAGAAAAUUAAUAGCUUGAAUAGGCACAAGGUAGAAGAUGACAGACAAAUAGCAAUGGACCACAGACACUGGAGAAAUACUGAUGAGUCACCACGACAGCAAACCAGUGGCUGCUCCCUCCGGACAGCGCGGACUGUCGGCUUCCGCAUCUCCGUCAUGGCAUCCUCCGCCGCCGAGCAGCUCCCGGCGCUCCUCCUAUUCCGCGUAAGGGAAAUCGACUUCCACGCCGCGCUGCGGGAGCGGUACCGCGUCCUGGAUUUCUUCACGUCGGGCGAGACCCUCCCGGCGUUCCUGGCCGCCGCGGAUGCGGACGCCGACCCGCCCCGCGCGGCGCUCAUUGUUGGAGGCGGCACCCGCGCCCGCGUGGACGCCGCGUUCCUCGACGCCGUCCCGUCGCUCCGCUUCGUCUUCAACACGGGCGCCGGGAUGGACCACAUCGACCUCGCCGAGUGCGCGCGCCGCGGCGUCGCCGUCGCCAACUCCGGCACCGUCUACUCCACCGACGUCGCCGACCACGCCGUCGGCAUGCUCCUCGACGUGCUGCGCCGCGUCUCCGCGGCCCAGCGGUUCCCCCGCCGCGGGCUCUCGCCGCUCCUGGGGGACUAUCAUCCCCUCGGCACCAAGGUGGGCGGCAAGCGUGUCGGCAUCAUCGGCCUGGGCAACAUCGGCAUGCUGAUCGCGAAGAGGCUCGAAGCCUUCGGCUGUGCCAUCUCCUACAACUCCAGAAAACCCAAGGAAUCCGUCUCGUACAAGUACUUCGCUACCGUCCACGACCUCGCGUCCGAAUCGGACGUGCUCGUCGUGGCGUGCGCGCUGAGCAAGGAGACGCGCCACGUCGUGAACAGGGACGUCCUCGACGCGCUCGGGAAGGACGGGGUCGUCAUAAACAUCGGCCGAGGACCCAUCAUCGACGAGGCGGACCUGGUCGCGGCGCUCGGGGAGGAGAGGAUCGCCGGAGCUGGGCUCGAUGUGUUCGAGAAGGAGCCCAAGCCGAGCUCAUCAGCGUCGGCGCCCACGGAGGACACGACGGCGGGUAUAGGAGCGACUGACGAGGUCGCGUCGUCGCAGCCCCCGAAGCUGCCAAGUUGCAGGCACUGGGGCUGGGCAUCAACACCUCUGUCGUCUCUUCCUAUUGCCGCUGAGGUGGAGUGGCUAAAUCACAACAUACCGCAGCGCAUUGCAGCGCCCAACCCCAAUUCUAAACUUCGCAAGGCCAAGCCAAAGAGAACUCAUGAAGCGAUAGCUACUUCAUUAGAAAGGUGA